AAAUUGGAGUUGAAUUAGACGACACCUGACCCAGCGUGAACCACCUACCCAACCACCCUCGCGGAGAAAAAAAAAGCCACUCCGGUUGUGAGUCAAAUUCCUUUAAAACGUGGCCAUGGGCCGUCUCCGAUUUCAAGAUUGACUCUUGUUCGGAUUUCGCAAUCGGAAAUCGGCGAUCGGUCCACUUAUUGUUCUAGGCAGCUCCGGCAACUCUCAGUUCUGGACUUGUAACUGAAAUGAUGAACGGGAAUCAUAGUGUGGGUGAGUGUUCUAGCUCAACUUCCCUGAGCAGCCAGCAGGAUGUUGAGGAUGACUGCAUGAUCGCCUUUGUACUAUCAGAAGAGUAUGCUCAGUUGGAUGGUGCUGUUGCUAGACGCCUUUCCAACCUGGCACCUAUUCCGCAUAUCCCACGCAUAAAUUCCUACAUCCCCAACAUAAGUGAUGCUAGCUUGGAUCAUCAACGGCUUCUCCAGAGGUUGUAUGUCUAUCGUUUAUGUGAAGUAAAGGUUUCUGGUGAUGGCAAUUGUCAGUUUCGCGCACUUUCAGACCAGAUGUACAAGUCUCCAGAUUAUCACAAGCAUGUCCGGAAAGAGAUUGUUAAACAGCUCAAAGAUUAUCGUUCUCAAUAUGAAGGCUAUGUACCUAUGAGGUACAAACACUAUCGCAAGAAAAUGGCAAAAUCCGGUGAAUGGGGUGAUCAUGUUACCUUACAAGCAGCAGCUGAUAAGUUCGAAGCAAAGAUUUGUCUUUUGACAUCAUUCAGAGAUACUUGCUUCAUUGAAAUUAAGCCUCAAAUCCAGCCACCAAAACGUGAGUUGUGGUUGAGUUUCUGGUCUGAGGUUCAUUACAAUUCAUUAUAUGAAAUCAAAGAUGCUCCAAUUCAACAGAAGCCGAGGAAGAAACACUGGUUGUUCUAGACUUCUCUUAGAAUGUGAUUUGUGAAGUUGGUACGCCACUCACUCAGGAAUGUUCAAAGGUUUUAGUGAUGUGCAUAUGUUCCCUAGACGUUUAAUACUGAUACGAUAUUUGGAUUUCACAAUAUACCUCAUAUAAAGAACAGAAAAAGAAAACACAAUAUAUAUACACUAAUACAUGGCCCCUACUGUUGUAAAUGGUUCAUAGUGUUGGUUUAGAUGUAUUUGUGAUUCUUCUCAACUUUUGCAAGAAUAAAGAAGAGAGAAUAUUAAAAGAAUG